AUGAAGAAGCGCAUCAUCGAUCCCAACGGCUUUCGCAUCUUCGUCGUCGACGAGGCUGACCAGAUGAUCGAUGAGGAGCAGAGCAUGGGUGGACAGGUGCUGGACAUCCAUCGGAUGCUCUCCAAGGAUCAGCGAAAGGAGCUUCAGAUCCUUUUCUUCUCGGCGACGUGGCCAGACUACGUCGCAAAGCUGGCCAAGUCCAUGGUUCCCAGGCCGAACAUCAUCCACGUCAAAAAAGAAGAUCUGACUUUGACAACCAUCACGCAGACGUUCAUGAACGUCGGAAGAGACGACAACAAGCGAAACAAGCUUAGCGAGCUCUACAGCGUGAUGAAUGUGGGUCAGUCCAUUAUCUUCGUGAAUACCAGGCAGACGGCCUUCGAUCUUGCCACCUUCAUGAAGUCUAGUGGGCACGCAGUAUCUUUGAUCACGGGGACCCAGAAAGGCUAUCUUGAAGUGGCCGAGCGAGACAAGGUCAUGCAGGAGUUUCGCGACCUGGUCACACGGGUCCUGAUUUCCACGGACGUGCUGUCACGUGGCAUUGACGUUCCAUCCGUGACGGUGGUCGUGAACUACGACCUGCCGAAUGGAAGCGAGAAGAUGGAGACAUACCUGCACCGGAUCGGCCGGACAGGGAGGUUUGGCAAGAAGGGCUUGGCUGUCAACCUGGCUUCGGAUCGCGACCGCCAUCGCAUCGAUGAGAUUAAGCGGUUUUACAACUGCGACAUGCUGGAGCUCAGCGGCGAUGUGGAGGAGGUGGAAGCCAUGCUGAAGCCAAUAUUGGGCUAG